UUACUUGCCGUCUGUUGCCUUGGAGACUGUAGCUCGGCAGAAGCUUCUCAGAUUAGCAAAUCUCCUACUUAGCCAGUAACCACUCAUGUUUUAUCAUCGAUGAUAAUAACACAACGAAAGGCUCGUCUGACCACUUUUCAAACAUGGCAUCCGUUUUAGAUGCUCUUUGGGAGGACAGAGAUGUUCGUUUCGACAUAACCGCACAGCAGAUGAAAACUCGGCCUGGUGAAGUACUGAUAGACUGCUUGGACUCCAUCGAAGACACGAAAGGAAAUAACGGAGAUCGAGGACGACUCUUGGUGACAAACCUGAGAAUUAUUUGGCAUUCUUUGGCCUUGCCCAGAGUGAAUUUGUCUGUGGGAUACAACUCCAUCAUUAACAUCACAACAAGAACAGCAAACUCUAAACUUCGAGGGCAAACCGAGGCCCUCUACAUCCUGACCAAGUCUAACAACACAAGAUUUGAGUUCAUCUUCACCAACCUGGUGCCAGGAAGUCCCCGCCUCUUUACAUCCGUCAUUGCUGUGCACAGGGCCUACGAGACGUCUAAAAUGUACCGAGACCUGAAACUGCGAGCAGCGCUUAUUCAAAACAAGAACCUGCGACUUUUACCUCGGGAGCAAGUCUAUGACAAAAUCAAUGGCGUCUGGAAUUUAUCCAGUGAUCAGGGGAACCUGGGAACCUUCUUUGUCACCAAUGUGCGGAUUGUAUGGCACGCAAAUAUGAAUGAGAGCUUCAAUGUCAGCAUCCCUUAUCUCCAGAUUUGGUCUAUCAGAAUAAGAGAUUCCAAGUUUGGCUUGGCUUUGGUGAUCGAGAGUUCCCGGCAGAGUGGCGGCUACGUGCUGGGGUUCAAGAUUGACCCUGUGGACAAACUUCAAGAUGCUCUGAAAGAAAUCAACUCGCUGCAUAAGGUCUACUCGGCCAACCCCAUCUUUGGGGUGGACUACGAAAUGGAAGAAAAGCCGCUGCCACUGGAAGAAGUGACGCAGGAGCAGCCUCCCGAUGACGUGGAAAUCGAGCCGGACGACCAGACGGAUGCUUUCACUGCAUACUUCGCCGAUUGCAACAAGCAACAAGACCGCGAGCCCGUUUUUUCGGAGGAGCUUGGCCUCGCCAUUGAGAAACUGAGGGAUGGAUUUACGCUUCAGGGACUGUGGGAAGUCAUGAGCUGAAAUACUCCAUUAUUUACGUAUCAUGUCGAUGUACAUAUUGGGAUAACAGAAACCAGAUUUGAUAGUUCUUAUCGGUAAUUUAUGAUAUUUAUUGUGCACAUAGGUCUGUAUUAUGUACAUUUUUUUUUUUUUU